CAUAUGUUCUUCAGUUCUAAUCCGUACUUAUGCACACAAACCCUCAUACUGAUGUUAUGCAGGAUGUGUAUGAAUGCAUGAAUGCAUGAGAGUAUGCAUGCAUGUGCAACUGAAGUAUUCAACUUUGGCCGAGGCGGCUUCUCGUCAACCACAGUGCCAGUCACAUAGACGGAAGGAGGGGGGCUUACUUGAUGCGACUAUGAAGUGAACAAAGUGCAGACAUCAUUUGGUCAAAUGUAAGGAUGGAGGAACCAUCUCUGCUGCGGCUGCUUUUUCUGAUCUCACUGCUGAGCUGCCCAACAAACCAAGCCUCUCUGACUGUGAGUCCCAGCAGAUCUCAGAUGUUUAGAGGACAGUCUGUCUCUCUGAGCUGUGAGGAGGACGACAGCUCUGCUGAAUGGACUUUGAGGAGGAUCACAGACAAAGAAACCAGAGCUGAGUGUAAAGACUGGGGAAAAUCUGCUGGUUCUUCCUGUAUCAUCAGCGCCAUCCUCCCUUUGGACAGUGGAGUUUACUGGUGUGAGUCCAGAGAGGGAGCAACCAGUAACAGCAUCAACAUCACUGUCACUGGUGGACCAGUGAUCCUGCAGAGUCCUGUCCUCCCUGUGACGGAGGGAGAAGACCUCACUCUGCACUGUAAAACAAAGACGUCCUCCAACCUCACAGCUGAUUUCUAUAAAGAUGGCUCCUUCAUCAGGACUGAGCCUGCAGGUCACAUGACCAUCCACCAUGUUUCCAGGUCUGAUGAAGGCCUCUACAAGUGCAACAUCAGCAGUGUUGGAGAGUCUCCACCCAGCUGGGUCUCUGUCACAGGUGAGGAGGUUACCUUUGAUUUCAGCCCACCACCUCCAAGCUCUCUGCCGCCUCCUGACACAACCUCAGAACCACCUUCGACCUCAGACCCCCUCCCCCUUGUGUUCAGACUGGUCGUCCACCUGGUGGUGUUCUGUCCGUACUGCAUCUCCACUUUCAUCAUGGUGUCUCUAUAUAGAGACAGGACCACAGGAAAUGACCUGCCCUUCUCCGUGGUGAUGACCCCACCCACCCAGGCUCAGGAGAGAUUGGAUGAAGACUAUGAUGAUGUCAUCACUGCUGUCACCACGGAGCAUCACUUCUGAACUGAUCUGAGAAGAAGCUCAAAUGUUUCAAGUCCUCAUAAAUCAGGAACAGUGGAAGUCUCAGAAAUCUUCCCUGUGGAUCUCCACAUGUUCUAGUUUGACCUGUAGAUGGAGGAUGUUAACCUGAGCCCAGUUCAGUCCAAAGAUUUGCGAUGAAAACAAGUUUUGAAACCUGUUAGUUUACACCAAUGAGAUGAGACGGUGUAUCCUCUGCAUUGAGAUGACUCUGGGGCGCUCGUUGAGCCUCCAUCUAAAUUUCUGCCAUUUCCAACAGCUGACAGUUUGAAACAUAGAAAUAAAAUGGAUCAUUUCAUUUCUAUAGUUUGCAGCUGAUUUGACCGUUCCAAAACCAGCCUCUGAAAACGUAACCAUCUGAGUCCCAGCGACACCAUCAGCUUGUUUUAGUCGAGCUGAAACAGGCCGCUUCAGAAGUAAAGGUUUCUUCUCGUUGCUAUCUUUGCUCUGAACUGGACUUUAGUAGCAGAUAGUGGUUCAGGUUCUGCUGUAAGUCGUGUUGUUGUUCAUGUCGUAGAUGCCAAGUUUUCAAUCUCUUCAGAUCAAAUAAAAUAAAAUGAUGAGCAUCUUU